GCCACCCCCGCCUCGGUAGCCACCGGGUGCGACUUCGGGCGUGGGUGCGGGCGGAAACCCCCUGCCGGCCCCCCGGCCGGGUCCCUGCGCCUCGGACGGACCCGCCCACCCCGCCAGCCGCCGCGCCCAGCUCCGCCCCGCUCGCAGGCCCCGCCCCUCACUUCCCCCUUCGGCGCUCCUCCCCCCCGCGCCGCGCUCCAUACUUGGCGAUCGCCGCGGCCCUGCGCGCUCAUUGGCCGAGAGCCGGCUGCGUGGGGGCGGGCCCGGGCCCGGCCGGGGCGGGGAAGGAAGGUGGCGGCGGCCCGGCGCGGGGGGAGGGGGCCGCUGACCCGGAUGUUCACUCCUGGGCACCCGGGGAAGUGGAAGCGCCGGGCCCUGCUGCGGGGGGGGAGAGCCACAGACGCCGGGACCGGGACCGCCGCCGCCGCCGCCACCAUGAGCGAUCAGCAGCUGGACUGUGCCUUGGACUUGAUGAGGCGCCUGCCUCCACAGCAAAUCGAGAAAAACCUCAGCGACCUGAUCGACCUGGUCCCCAGUCUGUGUGAAGAUCUCCUGUCUUCUGUUGACCAGCCCCUGAAAAUCGCCAGAGACAAGGUGGUGGGGAAGGAUUACCUUUUGUGUGACUACAACAGAGAUGGGGACUCGUACAGGUCACCAUGGAGUAACAAGUAUGACCCUCCUUUGGAAGACGGGGCCAUGCCUUCGGCUCGGCUGAGAAAGCUGGAGGUGGAAGCCAACAAUGCCUUUGACCAGUAUCGAGACCUGUAUUUUGAAGGCGGCGUCUCAUCAGUCUACCUCUGGGAUCUGGAUCAUGGUUUUGCUGGAGUGAUCCUCAUAAAGAAGGCUGGAGACGGAUCAAAGAAGAUCAAGGGCUGCUGGGACUCCAUCCACGUGGUGGAAGUGCAGGAGAAAUCCAGUGGUCGCACCGCCCAUUACAAGCUGACCUCCACAGUGAUGCUGUGGCUGCAGACCAACAAGUCGGGCUCUGGCACCAUGAACCUCGGAGGCAGCCUAACCAGACAGAUGGAGAAGGAUGAGACCGUGAGCGACUGCUCCCCACACAUAGCCAAUAUAGGGCGCCUGGUAGAGGACAUGGAAAAUAAAAUCAGAAGUACGCUGAAUGAGAUCUACUUUGGGAAAACAAAGGACAUCGUCAAUGGGCUGAGGUCUGUGCAGACUUUCGCAGACAAAUCAAAGCAAGAAGCUCUUAAGAACGACCUGGUGGAGGCCUUGAAGAGAAAGCAGCAGUGUUAAAGCCCUGCUCCACGCUAACUGGACACGCCAUGCGCUCGUUAGACCCCUUUCUUAGAAAACUCGUCUUCUGCUCCCCCCCCUCGCCCCUCCCCCCCCCCCCCCCCCCAGGUCACGGAACAACGGCAUCACCAUCUCUCCCUGAGAAUAAAGCCCAGUAAACACCC